AUGGCAGAGCGCACCUCACGCAGAGCUGGCAGCCGGCGCACCACACCCCAACCUGCACCUCAUACUGCCCGUGUGGGAACCCAAAGUCCUCCCAAGCGAACCACACGGACAACGAGAAGCCAGAGCCGUGAUAUCAGUGACAGCGAAAAUGGGAGGUCUGACUCGAAGGCACGGAGGGGCGCAAAGCAAGCAACUCCAGAUGGCACAAACGGCGCUGUUGGGCAAAGUGGCUCAAAGGGUCGCAAGGGAAGGAUUGCAAAACAUGCUCGAGCUCAGCAAGAUCUUUCCAUGGUAGCAGAAGACCCGAGUGUUGUCUAUCCAGACCUCGAGACUGCGGAAGAUGGUGGCGCAGGUGAGAAUGUAGAGGAUGCUGGAGCGGACCAGCAACCAGCUCAACAAAGUUUUAAGUCCCCUGGGAGUCUAUCUGCUUUCUCUGGAACUACCGCAAGGAUCUCUCUUCCUGCACAGGAGCUCACAGAAAUAAGCCCGGAAGACAUGUUAGAUACACUUCCAGAUCUUUCGGAUGCUUCAGAUAAAUUGUUAAGCUUUGUGAUUCCCACCGAAAUAUCCGAAACCUCAGUUUCUAGGACCAUGGCACAAUUACAGAAGAAGGAUACUCGUGAAAACAAGAAGCUCCAGCGGUUGAGUGACAUAUUCGAAAGGCAACGAAAAGAGUAUGGAGGCGACUCGUACAUCAAUGUGGGAAAGACGUUGAGGAGACUAUUGGGAAGAAAGGCUGGUCCCAUAGACGAACAGACUGCCUCAUGGCGUCCGGACGCAUUAUUGCAAAAGGCAAAUCUUGCACUCCUGGUGUCGCGAAUGUUGACAAUUGUGGGACGAGAUCAGAAUGAUCAAUUCCUUGAAGACAUUGCUGGCACCUUUCCCCAACCUUUCGCACAGGGGCUUGGGCGUCCUGAAAGUUUGACACCUGAGUGCAGCGCCUUAACUGAUGGAACGUUUCGAGUGGCACUGCAGGUUCGCACUCAAGAAGCCAUCAUGCUACUUGCCCGUCAUGUCGAGAAAAUCAAUUUCGACUCGGACACCGCACUGCUUCAGUUGUUCUACGAUGCGAACAACUUAAAGGGAUGGGCCGUAGCCGGAUUAAGGACUGAAGAGCUGAGAAGGGAGUUCAAGGACACAAUCCUAGGACGCGUAGAACAACUGCGGGAAGCUUUUAGAGCCAGCGUCUCAACGUCUUCCGACGACCAGUCGUCCGGUAUUGAGUCUCUCCGAACGAAGUUUCCCUGGACUACCUUCGCCCGACAACUGGUCGCAUGGGCUGUUCAACGCCUCACCGAAAUUGAGAUCCAGACGACUACUUAUGGUGGUACUCAGGCUAUAUGCCAAGGGCUCAUCGAUGUAGUUCAGAGCGGCAGACUUGGGCAGUCACUAGAAAGUGACGGUGCUGAUAACGAGAGCGACGGCUCGGAAGUACGGUUGGAAUAUGAUACGCCUUCCGAAUCGCGUGCCACCUCGGAGCUGCAGGAUACUUCAACCAGACAUGCGAAAGCUGACGAACUAAAUUUGGCGCAAUUCAGCGCCGACUCAAACAAAGUUAAGAGCGCCGCCGCUUAUCUAAAACAAAGACAAGCAGACCGGAAAGUCACAAAGGCUACAGAACAGAUUUCGUUGACGCAAAACCAGGGUACAGCUUCAGAUAUUCAGGUGGCGUCCACAGCAGGACCGUUCAUGCGAGCAUUAACUCCCCAACGAAAUUAUAACGAGCAAGUCAUUCCUUCUCCCGCCCCAGCCAAUGUUCCAUACGGGCAAGCGCCGUCGGCAGGUCAAGACGACAACUGGCGCUCUGAAGACAACGAAGAGGAAGACAUCGCCAUUAGAAGAAACGCCCAAGCGUCGGAUGCGUAUCGAACGCAACGGGAAGCUGAAAGCAACAAGGAGAACGUUGCCGAGAUACCAGGAUCGCAACACACUAAGACUGCUAAGAAGCGUAGUAUCUACGAUCGGGACCCGCUUGCUGAUAAGGUUUCUCCCAUUGACUGGCCAGACUCGGAUCCCAAUGACGAACAGAGUGAGAUCAGCGCGGAUGAAGGCUUUCAGGUCCAGGCAGAGUCUUCCAAUGCUGCGAUGCAGCGUCGUUUGAAACCUGCAACCAAACGACCUGCGUCUGAGCCCGCCAGGCUUCAACGCCAAUCACCGAAGAAGGUCCGCGUCCAAGAGGCCAUUGAUCCACACCUUUUAGAUGGCAGCGCAGAUUUCGCACGUGACGAGCAAGAGACCGAAGUGCCGCUUUCUCAAGCCUAUGAUGAAUACGUGAGAGUGAAUAAAUCAGCAAAACAGAAGAUGGCAGUGGUGACAAAGCUGCCCCAAAGACGUAGCGCGUGGACGGGCGCUGAGACGGAAAUGCUCUACUACUUAAUUACUGAGCAUGGGACCAGUUGGAAGCUCCUUAAGGAACAAGAUUCGGAGCAAGGCUACGUCCUAGAAGCGCGAGAUCAGGUCGCGCUCAAGGACAAGGCUCGAAAUAUGAAGAUGGAUUAUCUCAAGGCAGGUAGAGUCCUGCCACAGAACUUCGAGCGCAUUCCCCUGAGCCAGCUGCAGAUCAAGAGAUUGAGGGAUGGCGGCAUUGAAUACGAUCCUGAGACGGGGACAAGGGUCGAUGCUGAAGUAAUUGACUGA